UUGGCAGUACACACUCGGGCACGUCCUGGGAACCAAGUGUACACAGUGGGGCACGCCUUGGGCAUCAGCUGUGUCCUACAUCCCUUGUUUACCAUCACUCGUGAGAAGCUGCUAGCACGUCUCUAUGUUCCGCCUACCCCACCUCCUUCAUGGCUCCUCUAUCUUCUUCCAGAGAGCGCUGCUAAGACACUGUCGAUCGGCAUCCCGUCUGUAGUGGAUAAAGUCACAUGUAGAAUAAACGUGUCUCUUCAAGUAAAGCCGAAGAGGAAUCCUCUACCUCGACCAUCUGAAAAUGAAUGGAAUUAUCGGUAAAUAUUAUUGUGCCGAAUGUGUAAUGGCCUUUGCUAUCUUAAGGUCAAGUUACAGUGAAGAAAUCUUCCGUAUUCUAUUCAUACUAUCUGCAUGAGAUGGGAUGUACUUUAAAUGAUUUGCCUUUUUUAUUAACUGGAAUAAAAAAUAUGGUUUCAAAGUAGGACAACUGCAUGCGUGGUAUGGCAAAUGUGGCAUCGAGUCAGGUUGUGUAGUUACUGUAGUACUUGGGUGAGUACGUAAACACAACUGGUAUUUAUCUAGCCAUGUGACAGAUGGAGACGGGCAAAGCUGCUUCAUUACAGAACAUUCUGAAACCAAUUUCCUCUGUACGGUGUACAGUUGAGACUUCUAAGAUGGGUACAAUCACAGCUGGUGCGAUAGAGGUUACCGAUGACAAUAGAUUCAGUGGUCUCCGUCAUGGUUAGCCCACUGCCGGCAGCCACAACAAUUCCAUACUAUCCUUGACGUCAUAAUCACGACCACUGCCAAACAGGUGCUACGUGUAAUGGUGCUCAGAGAAGCAACUGGUAUUUGUAGCAGUGAAAAAGAUGUACACAAGAGAUGGUGUCGCUAGCAAGACUUGAUACAGAACAAUUAGUGGUGCUUCCCACCCUUCAUGUGCACCACUCUUGGUACACGUCAGCAAGAUUAUGACAGAUAUACGUCAACGUAAGUUAAAGAAACAAAGUUCUGUUCUAACGGAAGUGAGCACGUGAAAUAAUGGGUAGAAUUUACAUUGUGUUAAAAAGUGAGAGGGAAAAUAAGUGAACUAUUUGCAGAAGCGACAAAGAGAGAAGCGUCGAGUUAGUAUCCUCAGUGUUGCUCUCAGAGUAGGUGCGACAGUUAGCCUGUGUAUCUCUGAGCAUUGUGACAACGUCAUUAUCUACAACAUCGGUGUUGUCUUCACGGUAAAUGAGACUUAUACUUGUCGCUGCUGAAGACGUUGUGACGCCACACUAUCUUCCGCACUGAAUUUUCUGAUGUAUAGUGAAUCACAGAGAAAAGAGAACAGGUACAUAAAUCAACCCAGGAACCUAGUGGACUGAAGAAGAGUGAUGCUGGGAGAGUGAGGAGGCAGCAGCCACGUAAGGCUCUCACCCUCUUUAAACAUCCACGUUUGUAAAAUGAAUUUUUUGUACUACAAAGGCUUCAGCGACGACAAAUCCAGUGCUUCCCACGUUGGCUACAAAAAGAAGAAGGAUCCAAGGAAGAAAAAUAACGCCUUUCAACAUGGCCUUGAAGUGUUGCCAGGCUUCCCAUAGUCCAGUGUUGCCAGACUAGCACCUGGCACAAGCCAGCCACAAGGACUGACUGAGCAUGAACUUUGUCCUCGCCAGGUACCUUCCCUCACCCCCACCUGAGGAAGCACAACCAGUUCCCGCCCGCAACGCCAGUCUUCUCAGGACACGCCCUGGGGUGCGAUUGCGAAGUGUGCUCCUCAGAGUUCCCACUCCGCACCCAUCUCCUCAUCGACAUGUCCUACUCGAGGCUGAACCAGGACCAGCAGACUCCAAAGACCAGCACGGGUUCAAGGUUUAGCUUUUUUACUCGCAAGAAGACGUCUGCCCACUCGUCUGCUGACAACACUGCUGCUACCUUGGCGCUAUUACAGGAGCAACGGCGCCAAAGUGCUGCUAGGGCGCUGCAGCAGGCAAAGGCAGACGCAGAAGCAAUGGCGGCGGGUUCGCACGAUCCCAUCACACUGAGCAAUAUCAAGCAGGACUCCCUCAUGAUACCCGUCGCCCGUAUGUCCCGCUUCUUCCCAGCGGGACAUCCGAUCCCGACAGCGUCGAGCCACGGUCGGCUGCGGCUGCUGGAGGCGCCGGAGCAGCACCUGCAUGUGGUCUUCCACAUGAUGGGUCAUGCUGUCCACGUCACACCCGCCCUUUGUUCUCCCCUACAUGACCUCUACAUUCAUCACCGCGAUCACAUCGUCAAGGCGUUCAAGGCGGCGGUGUGUGGGUCAGGGGUGAGCAGCGCGGCGCUGCAGGGCAUGGUGCUUAUCAACCUGGAGCGUGGCGGCGAGAUGGGUGCAGUUGAGUUCCCAUACAUGGUGGUGUGGGUGGUGGACGGGCGGCAGUGUGACGCUCACCAGGUGAUCAACAAAGUCAGACAACACAGCCUCACUGCCCUUGAUCCAGCCAAGACCGGCUUCACCUGCCCACACUAUUUCGACACCUUCGAAGAGGUGGCCAUGUUGGCACGACCUCCCCUAGAAAAAAUUUCCCGCAAGCCAACGUCGGCGUCCACCGGAUAUAUCAUCACCGUCUUCAAAGUGUUUGAGGGGGAUGAUGGCGAGAAGUUUGAGAGGAACUGGCUGGCAUGGACAGGAGCCAAAACGUUGUACAAGAGUUUGACUAACGAGGUGGGACUGCGGCGGCUGACGCUACACAAAUCCAAACCCCAAAACGGCAGCCUUCACUACGUCCUCCUCUGUGACUGCUCAAACUUCCUCACUUGUAUCCACCAGGCAGUGAAGGCCAUUCCUUCACUCAGGCUGCGGCUCUGCGGAGACAUGGGACUUUAUAGACCCAUCGCUACCUUCUGAAACACCACAUCUCUACACCUCCACUCCCUCUCUGCUAAUAAUUUCCUAACCUUGUCAGAGUAAUGCAUUCAGGAAUAGUAAAUAAUGGUUUGACUUAGAUAUUUUAUAGUUUUCUAUUUACCAGAGUGUUGUCGCCCUUAAUAUUCUUAUCAGUAUUGUGAUACAUCGUGUCUACGAUGGUAUGAUUGUUGCAGACCCUCGUGUAGUGAUAGUCAGUAUUCAAAACAUUCUCGUAUACAACACAACUCUUUAUUCAGUCUGUACUUUCAUUACCACAGUUAAUAUAUAGGAAAACUUCCAUUACUCUAUAUUAGUAUUUUUACUGGUUAAUUUUUAUAUUUUUUUAACUUGUACUCAUUGCUAAUCUUGAAAAACUUAAUUACUAAAAAUAUCUGUUAAUUUACCAAAUCGUACUCUGUGUAAAUUCGUUAGUGGGUAGAGCAUUCUAAUAAUUAGAUGUUAUUAGAAUAACAUCAGAAGUUUUCCGAGUCUUGUGAAGUUUGUGGUUAGCAUUGUGUGUAGUGAAGAAAUCGAUGGCUUGUAAACGAAGCACAAAUAAAAAAAAUAGAGAUUCACGUAUAUAUAUGUACAUAGACUGUAUAGUUUACUCUGUGGCUACGACUGUUGUUAACCAGACGUCCGUCUUAUCUGCUGUACGUUCAAUGUCCGUCAAUUUAUAUUAACUCGUAUACUCACAGUGCUUUUUAAUCUAAUCUAAACCAACAACCAAAAAUAAACAUCUACUGAUAAAAAAGUCGCAGCGUCAGGUUCAUGAUGUUUAUCUUCUACUGGAUGUUUUCAUAUGGAUAGUUUCCUCAAGGUGUACAUGAAUGAUAUACAGUACCGACAGAAAGAAGAAUUAGACACAUGUGCAACAUCUGGGUAUCUUUAUUUGUAGACGUUUCGCCAACCAUUGGCUUUAUCAACACAAUACAUAGACAUAAUGUGAAAAAUGUAGAAUUGCAGUAUAUACAAAAGAUGAGGUAAUCAGUCCCUCAGUCUUGGAGCUGGUGAAGAGCACAGUAGUCUUCAAGAAUCUGAAGCACAGGCAUGAAGCUUCAUGCCUGUGCUUCAGAUGCUUCAAGACUACGGUGCUCUUCACCAACUUUAACACUGAGGGACUGAUUACCUCAUCUUUUGUUUAUAAUUCUACAUUCUUCACAUUAUGUCUUUGUAUUAAUAAGAACCACUGGAUGGCGAAACGUCUCCAAAUAAAGAUACCCAGAUGUUGCACAUGUUCCUCGAGGAUUGGACAACUUACCCAUGUUGAGUAUGUGUUCAAAACGCUACGAGCACACGAGCAGGACUAGAAAUUGUAGCCAUAGUUUAAUAUACGAGGAGCUCAAGAAGACAACAUUGAGGCUCUUCCUAUUUAUAUAGGAUGAUUGGGAUGUGGUUGUAGAAUGAGAUGCGCCCACCGCCUAGUGACGUUGUAAAUGGUCCAAGUCGGACCGAAACGUCGUCGUAAGCUCCUCUCUCCUAUGUGCGAGUUAUUUGUGUAAGAAAAUGAAUACCAGUGAACAUUAUGAUAUAUCACUAUGUGGAAGCGCUGAACCCGUGGAAAUUAUACAGGUAAUGAAGAAUAGGAGGUAAUCAAGUUUGAUCAAAGGAAGGGUAGGGACGCCUUAAUUCCUUAGAUCAAGUGCCCUUCAUCAUAAAGGCACGGUUAGGAACCACCCUCGAAGAGAUAAUAUAUUCUUGUUAUGUAUUAUGUCUAAUUCUUAUCAUGGGAAGUGCUAAACCAGAAAGGGUCAUAACAAUAAUGAAAAAUUACCGACAAAAUGUUAGG